AGAGUCCUUUCCAUAAUUUUUCCACCUACAGCCAAUGUCGAAGGGCGCCCACAUACGAACCCGCCUUUAAAUAUUGUACACAGACAGAAUGGAGUUCCUAAUUAAGAGGGAUCAGAAAUUAUCCUUCGAUAGACUGUGAGGGCCUCCAGACUUUCUUUCUUUGCUUCGCACCAUGGCUCUUGGAUUUGGUAUCCUUCCUUCUCUCCUCCUCCUCCUGGCUAUAUUAAAGAAUGCUGCUGCAUCGCUCGACCGGAGUAGUUUCCCGCCUGAUUUCAUUUUCGGGACGUCCUCCUCGGCUUAUCAGUACGAAGGUGGAGCUAGAGAUGGUGGCAGGGGGCCUAGCAUAUGGGAUGCCUUCGCCCACAAGCACCCAGAGAAGAUUCUGGACCGAAGUAACGGUGAUGUAGCGGUAGACUUUUUUCAUCGUUACAAGGAAGAUGUAGACAUUAUGAAGGACAUUGGCAUGGACGCUUUCAGGUUUUCCAUCUCAUGGUCUCGAAUCCUACCUAAUGGCAGCCUAAGUGGGGGAAUCAAUAGAGAAGGUAUCAUGUACUACAACAACCUUAUUGAUAAGCUCAUAUCCAAUGGUGUGCAACCAUUCGUGACGCUCUUCCAUUUUGACACUCCCCAAGCCUUGGAAGAGAAAUAUGGAGGUUUCCUGAGCCACCAUAUCAUACAGGACUUCAAGGUCUACGCUGAGAUUUGCUUCAGGGAAUUUGGAAAUCGGGUGAAGAAUUGGAUCACAGUCAAUGAACCAUGGAUAUUUUGCAUCACAGGAUAUGAGAGAGGUACGCAUCCACCGGGCCGGUGUUCCCCAUGGGAAAAGGGGAAGUGCGAUGUUGGGGAUUCGGGAACAGAGCCAUACAUGGCCUGCCAUCACAUGUUAUUGGCUCAUGCUGCUGUGGUACAGGUAUACAAAGACAAGUAUCAGGCAACGCAGAAUGGGCAAAUAGGUAUAAUAUUGAUCUCCCAUUGGUUUGUUCCUCUCUCUGAUUCAAAGUCUGACAAGGAUGCAGCCAACAGGGCCUUAGAUUUCAUGCUUGGAUGGUUCAUGGACCCCUUAACUCGAGGAGAUUAUCCAUCGAGUAUGAGGACAUUGGUAAGAAAGCGUUUGCCCAAAUUUAGGAAACAGCAGUCCAGAAUGCUUAAUGGAUCAUUUGAUUUUAUUGGAAUUAAUUACUAUACCGCGCAAUAUGUUUCUAAACUUCCCAUAUCCAAGAAUGUUAGCGUAAGCUAUGAUACGGAUAUGCAAGUUCAGAUGACAGAGAUGCGCAAUGGAAUUCAAAUAGGUCCUAAGGCUGCUUCGGACUGGCUGUACAUCUACCCACGAGGAAUAGGAGAUCUCUUGCUCCAUCUAAAGGCCAAAUACAACAACCCAAUUAUCUACAUCACAGAGAAUGGUGUAGACGAGUUAAACAACAAGAGCGCAUCGCUUGAAGAAGCCUUGAAGGAUGACACCAGAAUAAACUUCCAUAGCGAGCAUCUUUUGAAUGUUCUAAGAGCCAUCAGGAGAGGAGCAAAUGUGAGAGGAUACUUCGCUUGGUCAUUAUUAGAUAACUUUGAAUGGACGGAAGGUUACACGGUUAGAUUUGGUAUUAUUUUUGUGGAUUUUGAAGAUGGUCUGAAGAGACACCCCAAAAGCUCUGCUCAUUGGUUCAGCAAAUUCCUCAAAGAAAGGAUCCAUCAAAGUGUAAAAAUGUGUUCCAUUGUGAUGUAGUCGGUAAUACUUUGUUUUGGGGAAUUAUUAUAAUGUAAAGCAUCAUAGUAAUAAAUGCUUGUUAUAGUAGGUUGGUGGCAAUGUUUAUGUCACCAUUGCUUCUUUAACAAGAAGGAAAAUUGAA